GCGCCGGGGGCUGCCAUGGAGAUCUGGCCUGGGGCUGUUGAAUCCCCAGUGCGGGGGAAGGAUUUGGAGCUGAAUCCUGCAUGGGGAUGCAGGAGAGGGGAGUGUGUGGGAGGCACAGGGGGUGCUGCACCAGCAGAGGAAGAUCUGAUGUUGCUAUUUCCUUUUUUCUCCCAGGUAGUGAAGCUCAAACAAAUUGAGCACACCCUCAAUGAGAAACGGAUCCUCCAGGCCAUCAACUUUCCAUUACUCAUCAAACUAGAGUAUUCUUUCAAGGAUAACUCCAAUCUGUACAUGGUGAUGGAAUACAUCCCGGGCGGGGAGAUGUUCUCCCACCUACGGCGGAUCGGGAGGUUCAGUGAACCUCACGCCCGAUUCUAUGCUGCUCAGAUCGUCUUGACCUUUGAGUAUCUGCACUCGCUGGAUCUCAUCUACCGAGACCUGAAGCCAGAGAAUCUCCUGCUAGACGAGCAGGGUUACGUAGAGGUGACGGAUUUUGGUUUUGCCAAGCGGGUGAAAAGCCGAACCUGGACUCUGUGUGGGACCCCGGAAUACCUGGCCCCCGAAAUCAUCCUCAGCAAGGGUUAUAACAAGGCUGUGGACUGGUGGGCCCUUGGCAUCCUCAUCUAUGAGAUGGCGGCUGGUUACCCCCCGUUCUUCGCAGACCAGCCCAUUCAGAUCUAUGAGAAGAUUGUUUCUGGCAAGGUCCGGUUCCCAUCUCACUUCAGCUCAGACCUGAAGGACCUGCUCCGGAACCUGCUGCAGGUGGACCUCACCAAACGCUUUGGUAACCUCAAGAACGGGGUCAACGACAUUAAGAACCACAAAUGGUUUGCUACCACUGACUGGAUCGCCAUCUACCAGAGGAAGGUGGAAGCUCCAUUUGUACCAAAGUGCAAAGGCCCUGGUGACACGAGUAACUUUGACGACUAUGAGGAGGAGGAGAUCCGAGUCUCAACCACUGAGAAGUGCGCCAAGGAGUUUGCUGAGUUCUAGGACCAGCGGCAACCCCAAGAAGGGCAC